ACUACCCUGCUGUGUUAAAACGGUUGGCACUAGUACUGUGCUUACAUUGGGACAGUUUUGCGAUUUCAAGGUCCAGUUCCAGUAACCAGUUGUCACCAUGACAAUGUGUGCUCUCUGCGUUCUUUUGUUCACCUUUCUUUGCUGUGGAAACGUCUCCGCAAGGAUGGGACAACUUAGACAGAUGUAUCCCGGGUUUACAAAUGUCUAUAGGAGUGAGGGCUACCCACUUGGCUACUACCAGCAGGCCUUGCGGUUGCAUGAUCGUUGGAUGACGACGCACGGAGAUGCCCUGGUGGUUGCCGGGAGACGAGUCAAACAGUCCGAAAGUGCAGCCCCAGAGAAUGUCGUGCAUCGCCGCAGUAAGAGGAAGGCUAUCCGCCAUCAGCACAUGCGAUGGCCCUACGCCACCAUUCCCUACACAUUCGAGGAGUCUUUCAGUGAUUCUGACAAGGACAUCGUACACCAGGCCAUGCGGCGCUGGGAGGAGCACACGUGUCUGAAGUUCGUGGCCAAAGACAACCCUCAAGAAAACAUCAUAACAACCAAUAACUACAUCCACUUUGUCAAGAGCGGCGGCUGUUGGAGUAAGGUGGGGAUGUUCUGGUGGACUCCCGAGCAGAAGUUGUCACUGGAUAACGAGUGUUUACAAAACAAAAACGGGGUCGCCAUCGCCAUGCACGAGAUCGGACACGCUAUCGGGUUCUUCCACGAGCAUGCGCGACCGGACAGAGAUGACCACGUCACCAUAGAGUGGGACAACAUCCGGUGGGGCAGAUACCGCCAUUUCUCAAAGUUCUACUGGAACAUGAUCGAGACGUACGACAUUCCGUACGACUACCUGUCCAUCAUGCAUUACUCCGACAACGAGUUCUCGUGGGAUUCUAAGACCCGACUCACCAUCCGGACACAUGAUCCGUCCUACCAGAACAUCAUCGGCCAGAGGAUCUCCCUGUCGUACUACGACAUCAAGAUGACCAACGACAUGUACAGCUGUGCAGCCCGCUGCCCGUAUUACCUGCGAUGUGACUACCCCAACAGCUUCCUCGGCCCGUCCUGCCGCUGUCUCUGCCCCAACUAUCACGGGUUGGGCGCCAAGGAAUGUCCGCAGAACAAUGCUAUUCAGAUGGUGCAUGGUUACGGCGGUCACUACUUAGACUGCUACGAGAACACGGGAACCACGUACCGCGGCACGCGCAGCUGGACGCGCAGCGGACACACCUGCAUGAACUGGGCCCACACGCUCGACCGGGACGUCUCCACCCUCACCUACCCCAACUCCGCCGGCGGGAUCGGCAACCACAACUACUGCCGGAACCCGUACGCUGGCAGUCCCCAGCCCUGGUGCUACGUGUCGGACAUCCGGGUCUUCUGGGAGUACUGUGAUAUACCCAGGUGUCCAUGAGAUAGGACCACGCUUACGAAUGCAAGUUUUGUACCUUGUGGAAAAUUUGGAAUUCCUCUCCAAUUAAAACACUUCACCUGAAUCACUUAGCCGUCUUCAACUCUCUGAACCAAUCUCCCUGGACACGUGACCUGUCUCACGAGUGACGUCAGCAGUUGGUCAACUCAGAUGAACUUUCACUCUAAAUGCUGUUCUCAUGCAAACAACAAACACAAGACGUCAUUUUAUUCAUGGGAAAGGUUAUUUGUGGUAUGUUCUUUUCGCAGAAAAAAAAUGGACCUAACAAAGACACUUUGUUCUGGAAUAUGGUGCUAACAAGGCUUCUUUCGAGGACGGCGGGCAACGCUUCGGUGCCUUUGGAAUGCGUACAUCAUGCGUCUGCCCCGAAAGAUACACUUACAACUUUUUAACAUCGGUAUAAUGGUUCGGCAAUGGAUUAAAUGUUGAAAUCUAGCAGACCAGAGGUACAUAGUGUAGGGGAAAGCAGGGUAAGUUGUUUCUAGUAGAGGUGAAAUUCAACAUUGUGAACUAGAUGAUGUUCUACUUCCUAUUCAGGCCUUUUGGGUUUCUUUGGUGGCAGCUCUGUUAUCUAAAGAUGUUUUAGUAUUAUAUAUGUAUCUUAUAUUUAUUCAAUGCUAACUGCAAAACACAUUUACGUAAGAAAAUGUACAUGUUAUGCUAGGUAGAUUGUAACUUCUGUUUGCAACGCAGUGAGCCCCUCCAGUUAAGUUUGAAUUUAUUAGUCUAUCAUCAGUACUGUCAGAACUAUUUCCUAUUAUAUAUGAUAGGUGCUUCUUAUGUCUUUAGCCCGUAUAUUUAUAUCAUGUGUGCUGUAUUCAAGUUCGAUAUCAUUUGUACAAAAAGCCAGUCCAAACCCCAAACUUUCUAACUAGACUGUGUUGUCUCUAAACGACAUAAGCAAAUAAGCGUCGAUUUUCAAAUGGAGUUGGCUGUUAUCAAUUGACUUUGUCAUAACAACUGACUUUGUCAUAACAAUUUCUAUCAUUGUUGUGUAUAUAUCGUUUUAUUUUUUAUACUUAAUCAAUACCCUACGAUGCCUUACGAUAAGAAUGGUAUGGUGGAAGAAUUGGGCAUUAAAUUAGCAUAGAAAAAA